AUGAGGAGUUUAGUUGUCAGUAGUUAUUACAUUGUUCACUUCACUGCAACAGCGCCUGCCAAUGGAGCUGUUCUUGUUUUUGAUACCGAAAUCGAAAAUACUGUAUUUCAAUUCUAUGUUGAUGUCUUUAAAUAUCUUCAUCGUUCGAUGAGUAGCAGUAGUGCGUUCCUUGAAAGGGUGUUACAAGAUGAAGUGAUCGCUCAAAAUGAUGAUAUGGAACAGGAUAAAGCAGCAUUCCAGGAAUAUAUUCUAGAGGUUCAUGAGCGCAGUAAGCCACUGCCAAAGAAUAUUACCGCAUUGGAUGGCUUCCUGCAUAUCGUUGCUUCCAUACACACCUUCAAUGUAUUUGAGGAUAUCUUGCAACGCUACAACACUACCGCCCUGAAUGCGCCCACCAACGAGGUUGUACUCAUCGAGGCAGCUCUUAAGCGAAAUGGUUUGGAUGCGUUGAUCAGCGAUUUGAGAACGAAAAAAAUGGAAUUUAUAAAUAAGUUUUUGCGAAAUAUGAGCAUUUGUGUGGCGAAUUUGUCGGAGGAAGAUAGAGUCAAGGACUGGAAAGUGGUGGAAUGGUACCAGAGCUAUAGUAAAAAAUCGGAUGACGAGAGAGCGAAUGAUGUAUUUACGCUCUUUUCGAGUAGGUUUGGAAGAUUUUGAAGUGAAUAAAUGUGGAACAUUCAAAGGUACAAUUGAAUGAGGGGUUUUUUUUGCUAUUUCGGCAAAACAACUAGUGUCAAUUUUGCACUUUCUACAUGCAGAAACAACUCAUAUCUGUAACUUAAGAACACAACUUAAUAAAAGUUAAGUCCAAAAAUACAAAUUUUUUUUUAAAUAUCUGAAUUACUAAAUUUUACUAUGUGGCUUUACAAAAAG